UUCAACCUCGCUCAUUCCUGUGUAUUACUUUUUUGUGCUUUACGCUACACCCGGUAUAACGAGCACAUUCUUUUUUUUUCCUCCCUAUCAAAUCGGUAUUUAAGUUACCUUUCGCGCUUCAUUUCGAUGCAUCGCGUCGCAAAGAGGGUAAACGCGCGCGUCGGGCGGUGGCUCGGCGACGAGUGUCGCGGCGCGCUGCUCUAAAACAGGGCCGCUACGCAUGCGCGCUUCCUCCUCGUUCCACCGCGCGAGGCGCGCGCGAGGUUGCGGGUCGGGGAGGAGGGGGGAGGGGGGGAGUGCCGCCUCCUAAUCCCAACUUGCCCUACGUGCCGACCAGGCGCGUCAGUCGCGCGAGAGCCUUCGACGUGUGGAGGUGUCUCCGCGCUCCGCGUGCGUUACCGCCGCUCUCUCUUUUUCUCUCUCUCGGACACAAGUACAUAUACACACACAAAACACACACACGCACACACACACGUUCUCCCCCCCGUCUCUUUCCUCCCCUCGAAACCCGCGCGACGACGCAUCACUGCCACUAGCCGUAAUAAUAGUUAGACGGAGAGAUUACACUGCCGGAGUACUUCUGGGUGCCGAAGGCGCGCGCGCGCGCGCGCAUAAUCGCGUUCGCGAUCGCGUGAUAACCGCAAGGAAAUUGGCCGCGUAUCGCCGCGGAGAGUGCUGCACUUGACGGCCGAGAGGACGCGGCGAGGCGGACGAGGUUUCCGCGAGUGCGUUUCCCCCGAGGUGUUCGUCUCACUGGUUUUCGUGUUCAUUUCUGUGUUCCAACGCUAUUGUAUGACAUACAAUGCACACUGCCGGAAGCGCGCGCUGAGGCGACCAGCGCGAGCAAACUGAUCCCCGAGUGCGUCGUCGGGAGCCAGGAGGCGUCUCAUCGAGAAACGACGUUUCUCAACCGUUGCGUCGGGGGAGGAAGGAGGAGGAGGUGGAGGAGGAGGAGGACUGCAACAGCAGCAGCAGCACCAUCACCAGCACCAGCAACAGUAAGGAGAACGAUAGAACGAGAGAGGAAAACGGGAGGAGAGGAGGCGUGUGUGGACACACUAUUGCAUCGGAGCGUAUCGGGGAAAAAGAGGAGAGGCGGGCCGAUACUCGACGACGCGCGUCGUCAUUUAAACCGCCACCUCCGCCGCCGUUGGGAGAUUUAAAUGGGCCGUGAAGGCGUUCCAGCAGGUGCUAUGGGUGGAACCAGGAUUCCCACGGGCCUGCGAGGUUCACCUACGGCUCGGCUUGAUGCUGAAGGUCCACGCUGAGUUCGACGCCGCCUUGAAGCACCUGACCCUCGCGCUGAUCGAUGCCACGACACCUGCCUCCUUCUCCAAGCUCGAGAUCAAGUUUCACAUUGCUCACUUGUACGAGGUUCAGGGCAAAUACCGUCUGGCAAGGGAGCAUUACGAGGCCCUAUUAAAAGAAAAGGUCGUACCGUUGCACCUGAAGGCCGACAUCUACCGUCAACUAGGAUGGAUGUACCACGUGGUUGAGUGUACGGUGCUGGGCAUAAGCAGAACGCAGAAGCAAGCCGCAGCUAUCAUCUGUCUGCAGAAGUCCAUCGAAGCUGAACCGAAGAGCGGGCAGAGCCUCUAUCUUUUGGGACGUUGUCUGGCCGCCUCCGGAAAGGUGCACGAUGCGUUUAUCGCGUACAGAAAUUCGGUCGAAAAAUCGGAAGGCAAUGCGGACACGUGGUGUAGCAUAGGAGUACUAUAUCAGCAGCAGAAUCAGCCUAUGGAUGCACUGCAAGCCUAUAUAUGCGCCGUGCAAUUAGAUAAAUCCCAUUCGGCUGCUUGGACUAAUUUAGGCAUACUGUACGAAAGUGUUAGCCAACCAAAAGACGCUCUGGCCUGUUACGUUAACGCAUCCAGGGGAAAUAGCAAUAUAGCAAAUUGCACGGGCCCAUUUGCGGGCCUGGGUGGCGUUAAGUCCGGUGGCAACAACCCGAUGAACCCGUCCCUCCAACAGCGCAUCAGCUUUCUGCAGAGUCACCUAAGUCAAGCACCAAUGCCUUCCGUCGCUACCAAGAGGCGGCAGUUGCCGUCAAUCGAAGAGGCUUGGAAUCUACCGAUUAGUGCAGAAAUGUCCAGCCGGCAGCAGCAGCAACAGCAGCAACCCGGUGGACCUUCGUACAAAUAUGGUGCCACGCCGACUGGACCGCCUCCGCCUUAUCCUCAAGCUCAGGGACAGAAUGCUAAGCGAUUUAAGACCGACGAAAUGAUAUCGGCCGCGCCGCAGCAACGAGCACCGCCGUUUUAUUUAACGCAGCAGCAAAUACAAAUGCUACAAUUCCUACAACAAAAUAUCAAUAACCUGACGCCACAUCAGCACAAUCAGCUUGUCCAGUUGCAACAUCAAUAUCGUGCGAUGCAGCAACACCAACAACAGAUCAGGCUGCAGCAGCAACAAGCAAUACAGCGAGGCCUAAGGCCGGGGCAGCCUGGUUUUCCCACGGCAUACGGCCAUUCUCCGAACCUCGGCCAAGCGUCUGGUGUCGUCAAGAACUAUGGCAUACCGCAACAACCGUUGCAGCAAGGAGGUACGGUUGCGCUGCAGACGGGUUUUUCUGACACUAAUGUCGGGUACAAUACAGCGGCGACCGGGAACACUACACAGACACCAGGAAUGCCUUACAAAUCUGCCUCCGAUCCUACGUAUCCGUCGCAAAGACAACAGAUCACUGGUGCCCAGUACGGUAGCCAGUAUCAGCAGCAACCGAAUCAGUAUACUGCUCAGGGUUACACGCAGGUCACGACGGCGACCAGUGGCUUCUCGGAGAGCUCGACAGUAGUUGCUGCGAAUAAGGACAAUCUGGGUGUAACGGAUCAGGAGUUGCAGGCGCUGCUAUCACAGAAGGACAUAGCUACGUCGUUGGCGGAAGACUUGCUCAAACAUUUCGGUUCCGAUGAUUUGGAAACCGUCGUAAAGGAGGAACCGUCGAGUGUCAUCAAUGACAACGGCACGUUGAGCUCCAAUUCGUUCUCACCGUCGAAGGAGAACGCAGCGGAUAAGGUAAAGGAGAUUAAACUGGAAAAGUCGGAAGAAGCGGCUUCCCAGCCGACACAAUCGAAAUCCUCGACGGAUGCUGUGAUAACAACGGCUAUGACGACGACCGCAACGACGACUGUAACGACAGUGAAAAGUGAGACGACGACGGUGAAGGGCGAGACGACGACUUCGUCGUUAUCCUCUAACACGACAGUAACGACGACAGCAAUAAAGAGCGAAGUGACAAAUAUUACCAAGACAGAACCGAUGAUGAAUCUGAAGCUUGAGUCGUUAUGCGAAUCGCAACCGGAACAAGAAUUGAGCAUUGAAAUGGAUGCCAGGACGAUGAUCGAGGCGUGCAAGGGCCAAGGGUUGAAAGGCGUGCCGAACUGUUCGAUAUUGAGCGAUCGUUCGCCACCGCCGGCGCCGCCGGAUCCACCUACGCAACGAUUGACGAAGGAACAACUGUUGCCGCCUACUCCGAGUGUCUACCUGGAGAAUAAAAAGGACGCUUUUAGUCCACAUCUACAGGAAUUUUGUUUGAAACACCCGAUUGCCGUGAUACGUGGUCUCGCAGCAGCGCUUAAGCUUGAUCUAGGCCUUUUCUCAACUAAGACUUUGGUCGAGGCGAAUCCAGAUCACGGUAUCGAGGUGCGCACACAAAUGCAACAGACCAGCGAGGAAAACUGGGAUCCAACGCUCAAUAAGAAGGUCUGGAACUGCAUCAGUCACCGUAGUCACACGACGAUUGCCAAGUACGCGCAAUAUCAAGCCUCCAGCUUCCAGGAAAGUCUGAGAGAAGAGAAAGUGCAGGGUGGCGUACACGCUUCCAAUCUGUCAGAUUCAGACUCGAAAGACAGCACUGGACAAACCGUCCGACGUAAAAAGAAUACUUUUGGUCUAGCUGGCCGACCAGGAACCAAGAUGUUGCGCUUUGGUACUAAUGUCGAUCUAUCAGAUGAGAGGAAGUGGAAGCCACAGUUACACGAACUAAUGAAAUUACCGGCCUUUGCCAGAGUUGUAUCUGCCGGAAACAUGCUUAGUCACGUGGGCCAUGUGAUUUUAGGAAUGAAUACCGUACAAUUGUACAUGAAGGUACCUGGUAGCAGAACACCUGGACAUCAAGAGAACAAUAACUUUUGUUCUAUUAAUAUUAACAUUGGACCAGGUGACUGCGAAUGGUUUGCAGUACCAGACGCGUAUUGGGGCGUAAUAUGCUCGCUUUGUGAGCGCAAUGGCAUCAGUUACUUGCACGGCAGUUGGUGGCCGAAUCUAGAUGAUUUGUACGAGGAAAAUAUUCCAGUAUACAGGUUCCAUCAGCGACCGGGCGAUCUCGUAUGGGUGAAUGCGGGUUGUGUGCAUUGGGUACAGGCGGUCGGCUGGUGCAACAAUAUUGCAUGGAACGUUGGUCCUCUCACUGCCAGGCAGUAUCAGCUCGCGAUCGAGCGCUAUGAAUGGAAUAAGCUACAGGCAUUCAAAUCGAUUGUGCCGAUGGUGCAUUUAUCGUGGAACUUGGCGCGUAAUAUCAAGGUGUCGGAUCCACGACUAUUCGAGCUGAUCAAGAACUGUCUUCUACGAACGAUGAGACAGUGUUGCUUAAUACUGGAGUUUGUGAAGAACAAGGACGUGGAAGUGCGGUUCCAUGGGCGUGGCAAGAACGAGGCUUCGCACUACUGCGGCCAGUGCGAAAUUGAGGUGUUCAAUAUUCUGUUUAUUCGCGAACAGGAAAAGCGUCACGUGGUGCAUUGUAUGGAUUGCGCGCGCAAGCAAUCUCCUUCAUUAGAGGGAUUCGUCUGCUUGGAGGAAUAUCGAAUGCGCGACUUGAUGGACGUUUACGAUGGAUUCACUUUGUACAUGCCACUAGCCACUAGCACCGCUACCACCAUCUCUUCCUUGUCAACAGUUCCAACGAUGUUACAGGCACAAACGAGCCAGUCCUCCUGAGGUUACAUGCAACACAUAUACCUGGACUUCCUGAGCACGCUGCAGCAGUAGUGAUUACUACCAUCCGGGAAAUGCGAAUUCUUUCCGGAUGGUAAUGAUCGCUGUUGUUAGUGUUAGUCCUUGUGUCAACGUGAGACGAGAAGACAAUUCGUACGAUAAGCAUUAUCCAUGUACCUGAGAGCUACGCGAAAAGAGGCGGGACCGGCUCCUUGAGAGCUCCUCGUAGGCGACCGUCCGCAAAUAUAUAAGGAUAAGAUAAGGUAAAUGCAUGACAGUAAUUUCUCUCGAAAUAUUCGAUCUUAGAAAAAUAUAUUCCAAGAGAGAGAACUAUUGAAAAUUAUUAUAUCGUAAAAGUGCAUUUUCUAUUGUAAACUUGCUUUAGAAUGUGUUCCGUUAAUUACGUCUUUCUUCCUCUAACAACAAUAUUUUCAGAGAUAUUAAUUUGUCAUGCUUUACCUUAUUUCCUGUACAUGUAUAUAUUUAUAUACACAUACGUAUGCAUACAUGCAUAUGCAUAUUAUACUUAUGUAUAUUUUUAUCUCAAUUUGUGACGGCAGCCUUUUCAGUAUGCGCUUUAAUCUACACCUGACUAUUUAAAUUCGCUGUUAGGAACGUGAUUAUUGCGACAAAGCUUUGUGAGCCGAUCCCAAGAGGAGAGACUAAAUGUGAAAGGAGUGGUCCUCGGUAGACGCGAAAAUCGAUUUGCGCUACUUGCGACUCGCUCGCUUGCUCGUUAGUUAGCCCUGUUUGUACAAAUCUAUAACUCGCUUAUCUAUAAAAAAAAAGUAUCACCGUCGCUAGAUUAUUUCCUGUAAAUACGCGACGGUGAUUACGUUUUUUUUUUAUAUAGCUCUCGGGUAUUGGCUAGAGAAGACUGUCUGAUUAAUAAAGGACGUAAUAGCGCAAUGAUCGGCCCGUGGCAUCGUCAUGCGAUCGUUUCCGUUUUAGCGCGCUUGACAUUUUCUUUUACCGGAUUCGACCAAGUUUUUCUUUAUCAUCAUUUAUUUAUUGUUGUAGUUAACCAUCAUUGUAAUUCGUGACUUAGAAAUUGUAAAUCUUUAGUUGUUAAAUUGCAUCGCGGGGAGCGUGUUUUUCUUUUCAUCGUGGUAAUCUAAUGUUAAAAUUUUUUUUUAUUUUUGAAUGAUUAGUCCGGAGUGUAAGACCAUGCGUAAUACGUUUUCACUGCCACUUAUGAAACCGUUGAGAUAAAGUGAGAUUUCGCUCUGUGUUAAGGAUCAUGUAAGAAAGAGGACGCAAAGUCGCCCACAUCGUUAAUUAAUCAUUGUUAGAAAAAAAUACGUAUAAAGGCAUAUUACUGCCUUGCGUGACACUGCUCAAAUUAUUUGUACAUUUUUGUAUGCAAAUCAAUCAUGAGAUGAUCAGGACUAAAGAAAAAAGAAAUUAGUAAGUGUCUCUAGAGUGUAGCAUGAUCUCUACUGCCAACCAUGCAUAUUUCCUGUUAAAUGAAACGAUCAAUUAUUAAAAUUUAAGUGUUGCAUUAAAUUAAAUUCCCAUAAGGGGAUGGAAAUUUAAUAUCUAGGACGAUUAUCGAUUGUUCGUUCAAAUAAAUCUCUAUAGAGAUUAAAAUAAAAAUGAAGGGUUAAAAGUAAACGGACUCUGAGGAAUGGAAAUACGGCGGAUAUAAGAGACCCAUGUCUAUAUCUCGGGAUUAAAAAUAAAAUCUUAAAUUUCAAUCAAUUGUAAUUUCUCAUGUGUGAUGUCGACUACACGUCUUAUGAGAUAUGUAAUAUUUUUGUUUCUUGUAAAAAUGAUAUUCCUACGGUAAGGAGUUGUACGCGCGUGCACUAUGAUUUUUUGUUAGCAAAAUUUUCGUGCUCUAGCGAAAGAAAAGUGCUCGCAGGGCGAUGAUACGCGGCAAUGAAAAAAGAAGAGAGGGCGGAAAGGGGAGAGAAUAGAGACACACCGUAGAAAAGAAAGAGAGCUUCUUGUUCAUCAGGUUAACUGUACUUUAAGACAAAUGUACCUUCACUCACAGUCUCGUCAAUUGAUCACGGCGUUCACAGCCGACGUAACGUGCCAGAGUUACGCUUAUCUUAUCGCCAUCCUGUACAUUAGCAGCUCGAUUCGAGGAACUUGAGGAUUAAGAGUAGUAUCUUUUUACCGUUGUUAAACUAAUAUUGUACAAAACGCAAUCAGCCGGAAUAAUUCAGACACCUGGCCUGUUACUGUAACUACACUAAGGUCGAAAAACGAAAGAAAUUACGUCACUGCGUUUACCUGCAAGUGUUCCUCUAUUAAAAAUGGAUUUACUUUUAAUUCUCAAUUCCUCGACCCCCGUCCCAAGCGAACUGUGCACGAGAGGGGGAGGGGGGAGAGGUAAAAAAAGAAGAAAAGUAGUUAGCUCUUUGCGUUACGAAAAAGAAUCACCCGUAAAAGAAGCGAUGUAUUUUUGAAUAUCUAGAAGCGCUAGUUCCAUCGAAUCAGUAGUUUUGAGAAAUUAAACGAAAGCGAAAAGGAGGAUCGCCGCGUUUCUCCUCUUAUUUUCUACAUGAUUGUACUCUAGACAAGUCAUAAAUGCCUAUAACGUUUGUCGGAUCAACUUAUCGACGCUUCCUGCUAAUUUUGAGUACUCUUCAGAACAAUAUACGUAGAUUCAGGUAUUGUAUAGGAAAAAUUGUCGCAAAACUGUCCUGGAAGUAUUCUUGGCCUGUUAAAUUUUGUCAAGCAGUAAAGUCGCGAGUACUUUUAAGGAUAGUGUGGUGAGGAAAGGUUGAAUACCUCGCUCUGUUUUGGAUCUAGAUAGUAUCACUGGGACACGAGUUUUCGUGGCAAUCAUUUAACGUCUGCUAUCAAUUCAAGGUAAUCCCAAGAUAUAUAGGUAAAAGAAAAAUAUAUAAGAUAGCUAAACUCUAUUAUCACGUGACAAGAUGUCCAACUAGACUUUCCAUUGCAUGACGAAUCGACUGAUCUUGCUCGAUCAAAGAACAAACUCUUUAAAGGGCAGACUUUAGUUGAGGUAGAAGAUUCUUGAAAAAUUUCUAAAGGAUUUCUAACAAAAUUCUCGAGAGAUUAAUUACAUGUCAACUUCCAAAGGGGAGGGGGGAUCAAGAAAUUAAUUACGUGUCACAUGUUCACUCAACGAGAGAUCUCGACUGAUCUGCGGUAAGCUCGAAGAAGGAAACUUUUGUGAAAGCAUCUUUUCAAUGCAUUUGACUCGAUUCUUGUCGCGGUAUCCAGAAGUUUUAAAGAAAGCUUUAAAGGAGUAUGGAAAUCUUUCUAUAAUAACAAAGCUAUUUUUAUUCGUUUGGACUUGCUCAAAAAGUUUCAAUAAGGCAAGCUACAAAAAUGUCCUGUCAAUGUUGAGAUGUCGGAACAUAUUUUUUUUAAAGAUGAUCUUUUAAAGAUGCGGAUGACCGUGCAAAUUCCGAUGCGAUUUCAAAGUAUUCGAGCGAAUGUUAAGGCAUUUAUGACAUAAUUAGCGUACAGCAAUGACGAUCACGCGCGACGCUUCGGGACGAAAUAGUAGAGAAAAGGAAAAUAAAAUAUACGAGCCGUAUCGAGAGACGGCAGGAUAUAAUCCACCUUCGUCAAGGGGAGGAGGGGGGGGUGUGAAUAACUUUGUUUCUCGUACAUUGUAAAUCGUAUAUACAAGCAUGCUAAUAUGAUCUCAACUUUGCACGAUGUCGGUGGGGAGAGAAGUGAUCGAUAUAUUAUUUUUCCACCGGCAGCCGUAAGUUCCGAACUGAUUUGACACCUAUCGAUUAACGCUACUUCGUAAAUUAUAUAUAUAUAUACAUAUAUAUAUAUAUAUAUAUAUACAUAUUAUAAAUAUAUAAAUAUAUAUUUAAGGUAAAAGAUAAGGAUAAUAGGCAAAUUCACAAGUAGAAAGCUCACGCGAGUUUCUUCGUAAUUAGAGGAGCGAGAUCGGUCGUUUGUGCCACGAUCGCGAAUCGUGCGCGCGUUUGUUCGAUAUUUUCGUAAAUUAAAACGGUAAAUCAUGUGUAAUGUAACGCGAGAAAACAUGCGUGCGAUUCUGAUCUUUCCAGGUUCGAAAAUAAGCCUUUCAAUCGUAAUCCCCUUUGUAAAAGCUUCAGAUAGAGUUUCUGCUCGCGUGCGAGUACAUCCUUGUAUGUAGAAAUGAAAGGGGAAUUUUCGAAGGGAAGGCAUUCAGAUGCGUACACACAAAUUUGAGCGUUCUUGAUAAACGCGCACACAAAAGUAAAGACCAUCGUUAAUCCUCCACGGACCGCGACGUUAGUACACACCUACAAUCGCGAUUUUUAUAGAGAAAAAGGAAUUAAUUCGGUCAUUCCUUUUGAAUAAUUUCCGUGGAGGAUUAAGUCGGUCGAAGGGGGGGGGGGGGCAAAGGAGAAAGAAUGUAUAAGGGCAUAUUUUCGCUAUAAACUACUACUAUUACUAUUAUUAUUACUGCUACUACUAUUACUACUACUACUACUUCUAAUUUAAGUUGUACACCUUGCAAAAGAGAUCGUGCAGACCAGAUGAGAAUUUAUUUUUGGUCCGAGAAAUAAUAUAGCGAGGUAAUAUUUUUUUCUCAUCAAUCCAGCCGUACAUACAUAAAUCUGUAUAAAAGAGCCAUAGCGUUUAUUAUACAUACAUACAUACAUACAUAUAUAUAUAACGAAUCGUUGUAGCUAGCAAUCGUAUAUACAUGUGUGUGUGUGUAGCUUUUGGAAAAGAGACACGGCUGAACGCACUACGUCGCUGUAAGCUAUGUAUUUCUUAACGAGAACAACAACGUGAAAACGUUCACUGCCAAAUUGUGAUAAAUGUGAGAGAUCCCACCUUUAAGCCAGGAGCGUUUUCUUGACUUCUGAUCGCAUUGACCAAUCGUUUUCGCGUCCCAUCCGACUCUCUGUUUUUCCAUAAUCUCCACUACAACAGUUUAUCCCCUCCCCUCGUGUUAUAAUAAUAAUAAUAAUAAUAAUAAAUAAUAAAUAAUAAAUAGUUACCGCGGCAUCCAAUCCGAUCAUAGUCAUCUAUUUUUCCUUAAAUGAAGCUAGACUGUAAUCUAGACGAGGAAAGGAAUGAAGAAGUUAGUCUCGACCAAUGCAGCUAGAAACGAAGGAAACCGCUCCCCUAUUUUAAGCGCCACGAUUUAAAGGCCGUAUUUUAAAGCGACAGACAGAUAUUGUAGAUCGAAGCGAUAUUUUUAAAUACGGGGCACGUUUUACCUGUCGGGAAAGAAAGGUAGUGGAAAGAGGCGAAAAAUAAAAGAGAAGAAAGAAAGCAUCAUCCGGACCGCCUUUUAGCGCUCUUCUAAUUGUAUGUUCAUUACGUGUACAGUGCCUUUGUAUCUUAAAUGAGACAAGUCCCCCCUUCGUCUCUCAGAGAAAGCAAUCGACUUACGACUCGCAAAAUUUUCCGAGCGUUCUCGACAAGAAAUUAUCUUUUACAAUUGGUUAAGAAAGGCCGUGUUCGUGUAAAUUAGAACAGAUAUAGUUUAAAAUAGGAAUUGAUAAAAUUUAAAGAUUCCUCAUUAUAUUUUAUUGGUAUAUAUAUAUAUACAUAUAUAUUUAAUUUAAAAAAAUUUUAUAUAAUUUUAUCCUGAAAAGAAAGAAAAAAUCAUGAUUGGAUCAAGAAAGUAUAAUUUUUCUUUUUAAUACGCAACAUGUUCAAUACUUCAAUGUUUAUAAUAUGCAUUUCUCUGUAAAUAUAAUUUGUCUAUGAAAUUUUUUUUUUCGGAGAAUGCGAAAUUUUGCUGAUGAUAAUCGGUUAACAGUAAGCGAAACAAAUGCGUGAUCUGAGGGAAAGGGAGGCGCGCAGUCCUUCCUACGUGUCGUGACGUUCUUCUGACUAGGUUCAUAAUUGUAAUGAAUUGUCUAAUGAUUAAUAUGUAAAAUUAGAUUAAUUAUUCGAGUAUGUUGUAAAAGUGUACAGUUCAAGCUCGCCAAUCGAAUCGGUCGAGAAGAUGCGGUGGCCCCUAGAGAUCGCGCUGCGGCGGCCACUUUGUAGCUAGCCUUAUUAUGAUUAUCAUUAUUGCCAUUAUUAUCAUGGAUUAUUAUUACGAUUAUAAAUAUUGUGUUUACCGUAAUGUGUAAUAUACGAGGUUACACAAAGGCA